CAUUAGAGAUGGUCAGUCUGUCUGUUUCGGGGGCUGGGUCUGUCUUUUACCCAAGAGGAGGAAAAAAAGUUUAAAGCAUGACGGGACAAAGACACUGAGUGAAAACAGACAAAUAAUGAUUUAAAAACCACCUCAACUCACCAUGGCCAUAAGGGAGCUCAAAGUUUGCCUUCUAGGGGACACUGGAGUUGGGAAAUCUAGCAUAGUUUGCAGAUUCGUUCAGGACCAUUUUGACCACAACAUAAGUCCCACAAUAGGAGCAUCAUUCCUAACCAAAACAGUGCCGUCUGGGAAUGAGCUACACAAGUUUCUGAUCUGGGAUACAGCUGGACAGGAAAGGUUUCAUUCUUUAGCUCCUAUGUACUACAGAGGAUCGGCUGCUGCUGUCAUUGUGUAUGACAUUACUAAACUGGACUCUUUCCAGACACUGAAGAAGUGGGUGAAGGAGCUGAAAGAACACGGCCCAGAGGACAUCGUUGUAGCCAUAGCAGGGAACAAGAAUGAUUUAGGAGACAUCAGGGAAGUUCCUAUGAAGGAAGCGAAGGAGUUUGCUGAAUCCAUCGCAGCUAUUUUCAUCGAGACUAGUGCCAGAAAUGCUGUCAAUGUUGAGGAGCUCUUUCAGAAAAUCAGUAAACAGAUCCCACCCCUGGAAAACCCUGAGGAUGAUGUCAGCGACUCCUUUAAACUCUCCCGACAGCCGGCUCCGUCCACCAGGAGAUGCUGCUAGUACCACAGUGCCUCAGCACCAGGGACCCACUGGGCAGCACAUAGUCCACAAUGCAGUGUCUUAAUCUGGGGAAAGACAGGACAAGACUGUGAACAGACCAAGGUCAGCUUGUCAACAUGAAACAUCAGUGUUAUGAGGGGCAUUGCACAUUUUUAUAAUUAUAGUUUAAACUCUUAUGAGGUCUGGAAGCCUUCAGUUUGUCCCCCUCAGGUGGGGUUUUGCCUGAAUUACAUCAAGGGGUUCUCUCUGUGUAAUACGGCACACAGCUCAGUACAAAGAGGCAGUUUAAUCCCAUUUUAAAAACUAACUUUAAAAUGAAGCACACAUUAAUACCAAGUAGGGCUGCACCGAAAAGUCGAAGCAUUGACAUUUGAUUUUUUGUAUAAUGAUUUGAAAGCUGCACAGCAUGUUUUUGUUUACUCAUUUUGCCUAAACCCGGUAUUUGUACUAACUUCAGAUAAAGAUUAGGCUAGUCUAAUAAAAUUAGUAUAACACUAUUUGUAGAAUGAGAUUCAAAUGGGUUUCUGCGUACCAUUGUUUUUCCGAUGAUUCAUGUGAUACAAAGAUUCUCAUUCUCAAGUUGUACAGUCCAAGUUAUAAUGUAUUUAAAAAGAUAGAUGUAAUCUUUUCCAACAUUCACAACAUGUUUUUAUGAAACAAUCAAUAUUUGUUGCCGUUUAGCCUUUUAAAACCACAUCAUUAUUAUGAAAACGGUUUGCUCUUGCCAAAUGGAGACAAGCACCUGUAUCAAAAGGAGUGUCAGCACCAUAAAUGACAUCUAUGUAACCACAAUUACUCAUUUCUUUAAGAUGUCAUAAAACAGCGCGCCACACAUUCAGAGGUAAUUCAAAAUGUAUCAAAUAUAGUAUCCUAUAUAUAAGCUUUGAAUGUAAAAUAAAUGACAUUCGGUGCAGCCCUUGCUUUUUAAAGCCUGGUUUUGAUUAUCGAGGCAAUUACGUUUCAUUUCAGGAGUCCUUUCUGUUGGUUUACUUGCACCGUGUCUCUUAAAUGGCACGCAUUGAAUGAAGUUUUUAAUAAGUACUAUUUUUCAACAAGGUUAUUCUCUUCCUCUCAUUGUGAACAUGUAUGUGUCACAUUGAACUAGAGUACAUUGAAUAGGAGGUUGUUGAGAUCCUUAGACAAACACUCACUUCUGUGUUUGGCUCUAAAUGCAGCGGCUUUACAUUCCUCAACGCUGUGUGUUUUUUCACAUUAACUGUGUAAGGGUUUUACGAUAAUGCUGCAGGAUAAACAGCUUACAGGCCUGAUUCCAGUAUGACAGCCCCUGUUGAAACACUGUGAUCAAUAAUAGAAUUGUUUACAUGGUUAUUUGUUGGAGAUGUUUUUUUCUACAUGCUGAAAUGUGUCGUCUGAGAUUUCACUACAGGGAAUGAAUUUAAAGGAUUUUCUUUUUCACCCUGAAAACGGGAUUAUUUUAUAUUGUUAGGAAGAAAAAUGACCUGCAUGUGUUUUACUCUUAAACGUGUCCAUAAGAGUAAACAAAACUCUUAAAGCAAAUAUGGGAAAAUACCUGAAAACGUAUUAAUUUCAAUUUAAAAAGGUAGUGGAAAUGUUUGCUAUUGUUUUGGUAGAAGUGCCAAAUUUGACCACUUGAAACAUUAACGACAGCGUUGUUGCAUUUGUUUAACAGUAUUAAUUUGGAGUCACUUUUUAGUUAGAGUUCAAGCAGUUACAGAACUCUUUUUUUUUACAUGAACGUUGGCUUUCAUACAUGGUUUUGUAUGUUAUAGUUGAUCUCUUUUCUACAUUACGAAAGCUUGAAAUAAUCAUGAAAUCAUUUGUACUUAAUUUGGUUAUGAAGUUAUUUAAGAAAGCGCCAUUUUUACCAACAUGAAAGAUGGGAUAAUGGAUUUCAAUUCAAAGCUGUUUAUUCUUUUAGUCUUAUUUUUGCUGAUCUGUAAUGUUCCUCUUUCAUGUAAAGUCACGCCGAACUGCUUUCAACGAUCUGCUAAUUUCUGUGGCCUUGCUUCCACUAAAAUGUUACGCACUGAUUGGCUGAAAUUGAAAGUUGAAACUGAAUUAGGAGCUGCAUGGUUGACCAGAUGUUUUCAAUGCAGUGUGAUAUAAAGCCAUACAAGAGAUGAUGAGAUACUGAGCAAAAACAUGUAAUAAGAUUUUAUGUAAUAUGUUGACAUUGUCAUGAGAUUUUCAUUUAUAUUUUUCCCCGCACAAAUGCCUUUUUUGAUGUUUUUCUAAACAAAUGUAUGACAUGUCUUAAAAAUACUUACUGCAAGAAUAACGCAUGACUAAGUGUACGCUUCAAAGUCAACUAUGAAACUGCCAAUAAUGUGCACCCACCCUUACAAAGUAUGCAUAAGUCAUGCUUCCCUGUAUCCUCUGUAGACCAGAAUAACUUUGUAUUUUAAUCAGUGUAAUAAAGUCGUGAUUAUC